AUGGCCCGAGAACUCUACGAACUCUACGAGCUGGAGGCGGGAGCAGCCCGGGUCUUUGAUCCCAAAGACGAGGAAACCUAUGCCGAGUACUUCCGCGAGCAUGGCUUCGUCGUAGUUCGUGACGUGUUGGAGUCCAAGCAAGUUCAGGCCACGAUCGAGGAGAUUUGGACAAGCCCCAGCCUUCUAGGCGGACGCGUGGACCCGGAUGAUCCAGACUCGUGGAACGAUGGCUGGCCGGUUGGAUGCCGGAACUUCUUGGACCCCUUAGAUCCUUGCGUGGAGGUUGAAACUUGGCGGAACCGCGUGAAUCCUGCCGUGAACCGGGUCUUCGACGUGCUCUGGGAGGGUUUGCCAGAACUCGACAGCGACGAGGAAGGCGCCAGCAUGGAGGGAGGUAGCCUCGUCAUGUCCGUGGACCGCAUUGGCGUGAUGCGCCCUACCAAGUUGUGCAAAGCCACGACAGAUGGGCAGAUGUGGGUGGAAAGGCCGGAGUGGAGAACGAGCCGGAACUGGCUGCACUGGGAUCAGAACCCAUGGUCGUCCCCAGGCUUCACGGCCGUGCAAGGGCUGCUGUGCCUCGCGGGAAGCUCUGGCAGCUCUGGCGGCUUCGUAACGGUCCCGGGCUUCCAUCGAGAGUUCGCGGGCUGGAGCCAGCGGCAUCCGGCCGGCAGCAUUCCGAAACGGUCAUCCACGAUGAUACCCUUCCCCGUCCCCACGGAAGAUGAGAUGCAGGCGAGAAGACGAAAAGUCUUAGUUCCGAGCGGAGGCUUGCUCGUCUGGGACUCGCGGCUCCCGCACGAGAACUUUCCUAACGAGGAUCACUCGUGGCGGAUCGUGCAAUAUGUCACCUGCAAGCGCCUGGUCACGUCUGACUUGCAGCAUCGUGCCAGAGCUUGGCAUGCCGGCUUCCGAACAGGCCUUGUACCGUCGAACUUCGCGCGGCGCUUUGCCCCUGCCGAGCAGCUGAGGCAAGUACAAUGCGUUGCUUCUGCUUUGGUGGUUAUCCACUUGAACUUGAAAGCACCACAAGAAAAUGGGCGACGCAACCACAAUUAA